AUGAGGGUCAGGGGAGCUCUGCAGGCGGCAGCCGUGCUGGCCACAGCCCUCUGGGCGACACCCCUCGCCGCGAAGAAGAACGACCGGCCCACCUUCCACACGAAAGCGUUCGAGAACGCACCCAGGAGCCUCAACUACUUUCCCGACUCGGACACCGUCCUUUUCCAAGACCAAUCUGCCAACAAUGUCUACCUCUCCAGCGACCACGGCGUGAAGUGGGAGCGCGUGGAUGCCGUGCCCGAAGGCAAGGCCUGGAUGCUGUCUAUGCAUGGUUUCGACUCGAACCGCGCCUACAUCCUGACCGAAGGCACCACCCACUUUCGGACCAGCGACCGGGGAAAGACAUGGGAGAAGUUCAAGUCUGGCAUCCAGUUGAGCUUGUUCCGCCCCGACAUCCUGCGGUUCCACGCCAACGACCCCGACCGCAUCCUCUUCAACGGCAUGAUUUGUGAAGGCUUGGACUGCCAAGAGGUGGCCCAGUAUACUACCGACGGUUUCAAGACGCCUGCUAAGGAGCUGCGUAGGAAUACAGACGGUUGUUGGUGGGCCAAAUCUUCAGAUUUGUUUACCACGGGAGCCGAGGACCUGGACAACAACCGCGUGCUUUGUGUCGUUAGGGACUCGUUCUCCCCAUUCAAGCAGGACCAGCGCCUGUUGAUCUCGGACAACUUCUUCCGGACCUCGGACGACAGCAGCGACAUCCAAGAGUUCGAGCCCGACCUCGACAUGAACAAGCCGGUGCAGGGUGUGGUGAGCAUCGCAGUGGUGAAGAAGUACUUGCUCGUGGCGACCACCUCCAUGAACACGGACGAGAUGGCCCUCUUUAUCACCGGCGACACCAAGAAGUGGCACCGCGCCGUCUUCCCGGCGAACCACGAGGGCCACGACCACCGGGUCCUCCAGGAGGCUUACACUGCGCUGGAGAGCACCAACUACAGCAUACAGAUCGACGUCAUGACCACCCGGCCCUCCAAUCCCAUGGGUGUCAUGUUCACGAGCAACUCCAACGGCACGUAUUUCACCGAGAACGUUCCGCAUACUAACCGCAACGAGCGGGGUCAUGUCGAUUUCGAGAAGGUCACCGGGAUUCAAGGCGUUUUCCUCGUGAACAAGGUUGACAACUGGGAAGACGUCGCAAAGAAGGCGAGCACCAAGAAGAAGGUGGUGUCGGAAAUUACAUUCGAUGAUGGCCGCACCUUUGAGCCUGUGACGGCUGGCGACAAAAGGAUCCAUCUCCACUCGGUCACCGAGUUGAGCAACGUGGGCCCCGUUUUCUCAAGCCCCGCACCGGGCCUGCUCAUGGCGAUCGGUAACAGGGGCGACUACCUCAAGAAUUACUGGGAUGACGGCAACCUCUACGUCUCGGAUGAUGCGGGCAUGACCUGGAACAAGGCGCUGGAUGGCCCGCACAAGUACGAGUUCGGUGACCAGGGUUCCAUCCUCGUCGCUGUGCGGGACUCCAAGGAGGUCGACGUCAGCGAGAUCAGCUACUCGCUCGACCACGGACUCACCUGGACUAAGCAGGCCCUGCCCGACGAUCUCAAGAUUCGGCCCUACAUUCUCACGACCACGCAAGAAUCGGCCAGCCUCAAAUUCCUCCUUAUCGGCAUGGUGAAAGAGUCGCCGAGCUGGCAAGUCAUCUCCAUCGAUUUCGACGGCCUCCAUGAGGCCACUUGCAAGGAGGAUGAUAUGGAGGAGUGGUUUGCUCGGGUGGACAAGGACGGAAAGCCGACUUGCCUGAUGGGCCACACCCAAAGCUUCCCCCGCCGCAAGAAGAAGGCCGAAUGCUUCUUGAAGCAGGAGUUCAAACACCCCGUGUCAAAGACGGAGAACUGCGAGUGUACCGACAAAGACUACGAAUGUGACUUCAACUUUGCGAGGGAAGACGGCAAGUGCGUGGCCAAGGGCCCCAUCAUUCCGCCCGAAGGAGUGUGCCGCGACGCUAAGCCGGACGAUACCUUCAAGGGGACAUCGGGAUACCGCAAAAUUCUCGGAAACACAUGCAAGGAGACCAAGGAGAUGGAUGACAAGUACAAAGACGUCGAGAGGAAGUGCUCCGAGAUUGGUGGCGGCGGCGGUGGCAAGCCCUCGACCCCGGCGACGGAUAAGAUCGAGCAGAUUGAGAACGUCUUCGACAAGGACUGGGAUAGGUGGGAGAAGCAUUACCUGGAGCGGGGCGAGUCGAGCUCCAGUGAGGGCGAAACCAUCAUCAUGCGCGGACGGACAAAGUCGAAGCUCGGCCCUAUCUACGUGACGGAGAACCACGGCAAGGAAUGGCACGUCCCGAAGUACCUCAAGGAGGAAGAGAUCGUGCACAUCGUUCCGCACCAGUACUUCAAAGAUAUGGUCUUUUUUAUCACCACCGGAAAGAAGAUCAUCUACACCACCGACCGCGGCCGCACCUACCACAGCUUCAAGGCGCCCAACGAGCCUUCUGACGACGUGAUGCCCCUGUCCUUCCACCCGGACAAGAAGAACUGGCUGAUCUGGAACGGCAAGAAGUGCGAGAGCUCUGACGACUGCUUUGGCGUAGUCUCUUACUCCAAAGACGGCGGUGACCACUGGCAGACGGGUGGCAGCAUCUAUACCCGGCGUUGUGAGUUUACCGGCUCGCGCGCCUACAAGUAUCCCGGACGCAAGGAGGAACAGAUACUCUGCUUGAAGCACGAGAAGGAGAGCAAGGCCAAGGACAACCCGAUGGUGCUGAUCUCGACUAACGAUUGGUUCGACAACGAGGAGAUCCGCCAAAAGAAUGUGAGGGAGUUCGCUACCAUGGCCGAGUUCGUCGUCGUUGCCACCGAGAAUUCGGCCAACAAGACGUUGCAAGCCAGCGCGAGUCUUGACGGGGCGACUUUUGCGGACGCGCUGUUUCCCCACGGCUUCGUUGUCCCGCACCAGCAUAUCUACACGGUCCUCGACAGUUCGACGCACGCCGUCAACUUGUUUGUCGCUACCAGCAUGGACGGGAACCUCUGCAACUACGGUAGCAUUCUCAAGAGCAACUCCAACGGCACCUCGUACGUGGUCAGCGUGGGGAAUGUCAACUGCGACGAGGACUCUUACGUCGACUUCGACAAGAUCGCCGGCCUGGAAGGCGUUGCGCUGGUGAACGUGGUCGCCAACCCCGACGCCGAGAGCAGCGCCCCGAAGAGGCUGCAGACCAAGAUCACGCACAACGACGGUGCGCAGUGGGCGUACUUGUCGACGCCUCCCAACGACGAUAUCGGCAAGUUCCCUUGCCAGUCCAGCGGCGAUGAAAAGUGCGCCCUGCACUUGCACGGCUACACGGAACGCAGGCUCCGCGGCAAUACCUGGUACUCGUCGGAAAGCGCCGUCGGCAUCAUGGUUGCGUGGGGCAACGUCGGCGACAGCCUGGGCCCCCGCAAGGAUUCGGAUACCUUCAUGACUACCGACGCGGGCCUCACCUGGAAGCGGGUCAAGCAGGGGCAGUGGACCUGGGCGAUCGGCGAUCAGGGCGGCAUCAUCGUCCUCAUCCAGACCACGUCCGUGUCGCGGAAGAAGACCAAGAGCCUCGUCUACUCGCUCGACCAAGGCAAGACCUGGAAAGAGCACGAAUUUGCGUCCGACGAGGUCGAGGUGUGGGACGUGACCACGCUGCGGUCCGGCAGCUCGCAGAACUUUUUGCUCUGGGGCAAGGGCAGCAAGGGCCCCUUCACGCUGAAGCUGGACUUCUCGGGCUUCAGCGAGGACGUGUGCAAGGUCGACGACGACCCGGACAAGUCGGACUACUACCUCUGGUCGCCCAAACAUCCCAUGCAGCCCGACGGCUGCCUCUUCGGCCACGUCUCGCAGUACCUACGCAAGAAGUCGGACCGCAAGUGCUACAACGACUUUAAGCUGCAGCCGCUCUACGGCAAGGAGGACUGCAAGUGCACGCGAGAGGACUUUGAAUGCGACUACAACUACCAACUCGACCCCUUCGGCCAAUGCUCUCUCGUCCCGGGCCUCGAACCCGCCGACCCCUCCGCCUGGUGCAAGCAACACCCGGACGAGAUCGAAUACCACGAACCCACCGGCUACCGGCGCAUCCCCCUCACCACCUGUGUCGGCGGCCGCCAGCCCGACAAGGAAUCCCCCGUGCACGCGUGCGCCGGCCACGAGGAGGACUUUGAGCGCAAGCAUGCCGUGUCCGGGCUGGCGCUGUUCUUUGCCAUCACCGUCCCCUUUGCGCUGGCCGGCGCCGCCGGCUGGUAUGUCUGGCGGAAUUGGAACGGCAAGUUUGGCCAGAUUCGCCUCGGCGAUCAGGGCGCGGCUGUGUUUGAGGCCGACCGGCCCUGGGUCAGGUACCCGGUUAUUGUGCUCAGUGCGGUGGCGGCCGUGGUGGUGGCGUUGCCGGUGGUGGUGGGCGCUGUGUGGAGGAGUGUGAGCGGGUUGCUUGGGGGGAGGGGUGGUGCGGGUGGUGGUGAUGGGCGUGGGAGGUGGAGUCGGCUGGGUGGUGGGGGGGGGGGGGGGGGGAGGAGGUUUACGACGAGGGAUAGCUUUGCGAGGGGCGGGGAUUAUGCGGUGGUGGAUGAUGAUGAGGGCGAGUUGUUGGGGGAGGAUAGUGAUGAGGAGGUAUGA